CUCAAGUUUUUCGAGCAGGGCGAGGAGGCGGCUUGGGAGGGCAUGCCGCGGUCGUCUGUGUCGAGGUCGCUGUCGUCGUCGCUCGGUGCGCUGAGCCCGUUGCGGCCCGGGCGCGGCAGCGAGGAGAAUGGGCUGCGUGUAGACGUGUCACCGGUGCGUGUGCAGCGGCGGCGCGGUGGAGGAGGUGGUGAAGGUGGCGGCGAUCGGGAUCGUGAGCGGCGACGGCGGGUAGCGUCGCGCAAGUCUGGCGAGUUUCUGCGCGCACGAUCGAUUGUGCGGAGUGCGGUGGAGGCUCUGGAAGACACGCACGAUGAGGCGUGCGAUGUGUGCGCGGAUGGCGGCGAUCUGCUUUGCUGCGACUCGUGCACGCGGGUGUACCACCUAGAGUGCCUAGGCAUGCGCGAGAAGGACAUUCCGCGCGGCAAGUGGGAGUGCGCCUACUGCACGUCGGCCGAAGAGGUGCGGAUCCAUGUGGUGCGGCUGUUUAUGGGCGGGAAGGAGAUUGACCCGAAGCGCCCGAUUGGGCUGCCGCGGCCAAAGCUGCAGACGGAGACGCGGUCGCGGAAGCGGAAGCUCGGCUCGCCCGAGGUCGACAGCGUGGCGACGCCGGGCGCCGGUGUUGGGACGCCCAAGAGAAGACGAGGCCUUGGCUCGCCGGGACCGGUCUUUCUUCGCACGCCGCCACCGCAGACGGAGGAGGCCUUGGCGGCGGCGUCUCGGCGGGCGCGCGAGUGGGCGUCGGAGGUCCGAGGGAGCCGCCGUCUGUCGGACCUCCCCAUGGGCUUUAUCCACUCACAGUACCUGCAACGGUCGGUGCUCUCGGCGCUGGGCCUGGAGCCGUCGCCGCCGCGAGGGGCCAAGGCCGAUGUGGUGAGCGAGGAGGAGCAGCUGGCACUAGCAGUUGCUGCGGCCGAAGCGAACAAAAGCCCGAGCCGCGGGCCGAGCAGCUCGCCGCGGCGGGCGUCGGCGCGGCUGCUGACUCAGGAGCGGACGUGGGCGGCGUGCGGGUCGUGGAAGCGGGCCAUGGACCGAUACCAGGCGCGGGUGGCGGCGCAGGGCGAAGGCGCGCUUGUCACACCGCUUGUUUUUGAGCUCUCAGAGUACUCAUCGAGCGACGGCGAGAGCGGCGAGAACGGCGGCGGCGGCAGCGGCAGCGGGCCCAGUGAUAGCGGGGCGGCGUCGGCGUCGUCGUCCGAGGACCUGUCGGACGCGCGGUUUGCCGAGUUUGGGCGGAACUUUGGCAUGUCGCCCGAAGCUGCGUCGCGGCACCGAGUUCUGCUCAAGGCUGCCGAGAAGGAGCGGGUGCGGAUCCACCGGAUCGAGAAGCAGCGGCUGCAGCAGAAGCAGCGGAAGGAGAAGGCGGCCAUGGACCGGUCGCCAAUCCUUAAGUUUUGGCGGCGAACGCUCGACGCGCCGUGGGAAGUCCGCCGCAAGCCGGUUUUCCGACCCAAGACGCCCAAGCAAAAGAUCAUGGAGAUGCCGCCGCGGUUCUGGCUCACGCACCCGUUCUCGCCGUUGUACUACUCGGACCUCUCUAUUUCGCCGCGGACCACCAAUGGGGUGUAUGUGCCGUCGUCGCCCCGCUCGCCGCUGUCGGCGGGGGCAGCGUCGCCUAGAACUGUGGUCCGCUUCCCACCAGCAGCCUCACCAUCGCCCAAGUGGUCCGGCCGCGGCAAGCACCCGGAUCGGGUCAUCUCGGCCUCAAUCCUCGCCUGGAAACACGAGGCCGAGCGCCGCGAGGCCGCCGAAGAGGCUGCCGCCGAAAAGGCUGCUGCCGAGAAAGCCGCCGCAGAAGAGGCCAAGGCAAAGGCCAAAGCCAAGGCCGCCACUGAAAAGGCCAAGGUUAAGGCCAAGGCCAAGGCCAAAGCAAGUCCCAAGGCCAACAAGGCUAGCAAGACCAAGACUCCGGCAAAGGCCAAGACUAAGCCCAAGCCAAAGGCCAAGGCCAAGGCCAAGACUCCGGCAAAGGCCAAGACUCCGGCAAAGGCCAAGACUCCGGCAAAGGCCAAGGCAAGCUCUGGGAAUGGCCGCAGUCGCGGCCGUGGGCGUGGAUCGGCCAAAGGCGGCAGCAGUGGUCUCGCCCGCGGAGGCAAGGCCUCGAGCAAGAAGAAGCCGGCUUCACCGGCCAAGCAGUACGGUGGCAUCAAGAAGCCCACCCCGCGCAAGUCGACAGGACGGAUGCUGCGUGCAGCAGAGCACGAGGCCGAGGAGAUUAUUGCAGCAGCCAAGGCGGCACGGAACGCCAAGCUCCGGCGUGCGGCCGACGAGGCUGCAGCCGAGGCAGACGCGAUCCGGAAGCGCAAGCAGGCUGAGCUUGACAACUACCAGUCUCUGCAUGCGGACGAGGUGGCGCAGGAGGAGCAGGCGGCGGCAGCGCGCCAGGCUGAGGAGACUGCGCGGAUCCAGGCGGCGGUGGCCGACCGGGCGGAUGUGGUCAUCGACAUGCUGCUCGACGCCGUGGUCGAGGUCAAGACGGACGUGCACAAGAACGUGGCGCUGGCGCACGCGCGGGCGGAUGCACUCAAGAACUAA